UGCUACUGCUGUAGCGGACUCGCCCCUUCAGUGUUCCCCUAUCCUCACAAAAUCCUAAAGCAGCCAUUUCCAAAUCUUCUCGGAGUUCCCCCCACCAACAAUGGCGACUAUCUCAUCUUCUCUUCUUUCCCUCUAUUUUCUUCAGAACCCCAGAAUGCACAAUCAAGCCCACACUUCAAAAAUCACCUCUCCAACCCUGAAAUCUGACGCCCUUGGCCUCGCGCUCAUUCCGUCUCCACCUGCUCGGCAGUACAGGGACUGUUUACUGCGCAGGAGGCUCAACGCCGUUGCCGAAGAAACAUCAGCCUCAUCCGCGCAGGACCCGUCCUCGGAACCCGCCAGGCGGCUCUACGUGGGCAACAUCCCCCGGACUGUCACCAACGAUGAACUCCGGAGCUUUGUGGAAGAAUAUGGCGCUGUAGAAAAGGCGGAGGUAAUGUAUGAUAAGUAUUCAGGAAGGAGCCGCCGGUUUGGAUUUGUUACAAUGAAGACGACAGAGGAGGCAAAUGCUGCAAUUGAGAAACUUAAUGGAACUGAAGUUGGCGGGCGUAAAAUAAAAGUGAAUAUAACCGAAAACCCAUUGCAGAGUGGGGAUUCAUCACUCCAACAUGCAGAGGAUUCACAGUUCAUUGACAGUCCACACAAAAUUUAUGUUGGCAAUCUUGCAAAGACAGUAACCACUGAGAUACUAACGAAGUAUUUCUCUGAGAAAGGGAUGAAGGUUGUCAGUGCGAAGGUAUGCCGAGCUCCAGGGACUUCAAAAUCAAGUGGGUAUGGGUUUGUCACAUUUUCUGCAGACAACGAUGUCGAAUCUGCUAUAUCAUCUUUUAAUAACACGCUGCUUGAAGGGCAGAAGAUCCGUGUAAAUAAAGCAUGAAAAAUAAGUGCCUGGCUACUGAAGUGUUUUAAAGGUGAUUUCCUCAUAGACACCAUAUAUGGUGGCUGUAAAAGUUUGUUUUGUACCUUAUGAACUCAACGAGUUUGGUCAUUUUGGUGUUGGGUUCUUGUGACUCUUAGUUUAGGGAAAGUACAUCCCUUUCUUGUUUGUUAGCAUUGCAAAGGAAGGUGUGAUGAGGUUAUAAGAGAAUGCUGUAUGGGUGCAUAUCUAUCUUUGCUGUAAUGAGCCACCUCUUGGCUUCGACUCUUGAUGAAUCACAGAAACACAAUUUUUUGCAGUGGAGUAUAUUGUCCUUUUUAUUGAUUGCCACAA